GGCAAGCUUCACGUAGGAUCUGGGGUGGGCAACAGUCUGUGCAGAGUGGAUCAGAGAGGAGGAAACGCCGCAAUGUGAGGGACUGGUCAGCCUUAUCAUUUCAGCAUUUUGCCUUUCCUGUGAGGAGGAAGAUCAGCCAAAUCCCAGAGCUGUGCCAUGGCAGAGACUAGGGAAGAGGAGACGGUGUCAGCAGAGGCCUCAGGGUUCUCAGACAUGAGUGACUCAGAGUUUCUGGACCUGGAGGAUACACAAGAGUCAAGUACUUCACCUAACAAGCCUGGCCCUUCUUCUGAGCUCCCUGGGAAGGAUGGCGAGCUCAUAAGCUUACCAAAGUGGAAAAGAGGAUUGGAUGUCUUGUCACCUAUGGAACGAUUCCAUCUUAAAUAUUUGUAUGUCACUGACCUGUCUACUCAGAACUGGUGUGAACAGCAAAUGGUAUAUGGGAAGGAGCUUCCUGGUUUCUUGACACCUGAGAAGUCAGCUGUUUUGGACACUGGUGCCAGCAUCCACCUAGCUAGAGAACUAGAAGUUCAUGAUCUUGUGACUCUCCCCAUCACCUCUAAAGAAGAUGCUUGGGCAAUUAAGUUUCUGAACAUAUUAUCAAUGAUUCCUACCCUGCAGUCAGAAGGGCGCAUCAGAGAGUUUCCAGUGUUUGGAGAAGUGGAGGGUGUGCUUCUUGUUGGAGUGAUUGAUGAGCUGCACUAUACAGCCAGGGGGGAACUGGAACUGGCUGAACUCAAGACACGCAGGCACCCUGUGCUCCCUCCGGAUGCUCAGAGAAAAAAAGACUGUUUUCAGGUCAGCCUGUACAAAUACAUCUUUGAUGCCAUGGUACAAGGGAAAGUGACCACUGCUAGCCUAAGCCACCACACAAAAUUGCAUCCAGAAAAGCCACUGGGACCUUCAGUGCUGAGGCAUGCCCGGCAGGGAGGCUUCUCUGUGAAGUCCUUGGGUGACCUCAUGGAGCUGGUCUUCUUGUCUCUAACACUGUCUGACCUCCCAGUUAUUGAUAUCCUGAAGAUUGAGUAUAUCCACCAAGAGACUGCCACUGUGCUGGGUACAGAGAUAGUGGCCUUUGAAGAGACAGAGGUGAGAAACAAAGUGCAGCACUAUAUGGCCUACUGGAUGGGCCACCGAGAGCCUCAAGGGGUUGAUGUGGAGGAGGCUUGGAAAUGUCGGACAUGCAACUAUGCAGAUAUCUGUGAGUGGAGGAAGAAUGGUGGGUUGCCCAACUCCAUGCUAGAGCCGCAAGCCAAAAAAGCCAAAUGAACGGAAGAUAGACUUUCAGGAACUUUGAUCUUUCCUGCUCCUAAUGUACUCAGCAGAGUGAAAGAGGACUAGUCUCUGAGCUUGACUUCCAUGAAGAGUGUUCUUAUUUUGGUUCUUUUCAUAUUUCCUCAGCCUCUUACCACACAAAUCCAGGACCAAGGCUCAGGGAGAGAUCUGGGAUUAUACUGUCCCAGGAGCUUCGCCAUAGGUUGCCAAGAAGACAGAUGCUUAUCAUAGCUGGAGCAAGGUAUCCUUCAGCAAUCAUUGCUUUCCUAAGAAGAUUCUUCAGUUUCUUUUAAGUCUCUUCCCUAUUUUUUCUCAAUCAGGGUUUCUACAUUUUAUAUAAUGAAAUAAAAUGAAACACUGUC